AUAAAGUAAAAGCGAGCUAAGCUUCUUAUGGGCUCGACGGAGAGAAUAAAGCAUUGGUAACCUGCCAAUUUAACGCGUUCCAAAAAUAUAGGUUUACGCGUCAUUUUAAGAGACAAACGCAAAUAUUUCAAGCAAGGAAGGCACCUCCAUGCCGGUUUGCGUUUCUCUAUAUAAGCCACAAUCAUACCAUUAGCAAAACACUAAAUAUCCUCCUUUAUUCACCCUCUCCUCACAAAACCAUCUUGGUUUUGAGAGAUCAUCAUCAUCAUCCCAAGAAAGAAUCCCAUCUUUCAAGCUUAAUUAGCACGAUAACAUUUUGGUCUUGUCAAUGGCUUCAUUCAAAUUCUCCUUUGUUCUCUUUCUCUCUUCUCUCCUCCUCCAUGCAGCUUCAGCUGAAAUUGUAUGCGAGGAAUUGCCAAAUGACAUUUGUGCAUUUACCAUCUCAUCAUCUGGCAAGAGGUGCUUGUUGGAGACAUAUGCAACGAAGAAUGGUGCCGUUGAGUACCAGUGCCGGACAUCCGAGGUGGUGGUUGAGAAAAUGGCAGAUUACAUAGAGACUGAUGCUUGUGUCAAGGCUUGUGGGGUUGACCGGAACUCCGUUGGUAUUUCUUCUGAUGCACUCCUUGAGCCUCAAUUCACCGCCAAGCUUUGCUCUCCUGCUUGUUACCAGAAUUGCCCCAACAUUGUUGACCUUUACUUCAAUCUGGCUGCUGGGGAAGGCGCCUUUUUGCCUGACCUCUGUGAUGCCGCACGCUACAACCCUCACCGGUCCAUGAUUCAGCUUAUGAGCUCCGGUGCCACCCCUGGACCUUCUGCUUCCGAAUCGGCAUCCAUAGCCUCUGCCCCUGCUCCCGCUCCCAUGUAAUCGAACACACACACACACACACAUAUCUAGUGAUUUAGAAUGCCCAAGAGAGCUCGGCUACGCUUAUCCGUCCCGGGGCUACACCUUGUCGUCCUCGGUUUUUGGUCGCGGAUUGUCUUACGAGGACUCUACCAUUGUUGAGCAUCGUGCAUACAGAAUUUGUGUUCCUUUCUCUAUUUGAUGAAAUAAUACAAUUGAUUAAUUUUUA